GUCUUCACUUCGUCACUUGUUAAGAACAAUUUUGUUUUUAUUAAAUAAAAAAAAGGCAAAAGGAAAAAAAAAUUGUAUUUGUUAUUGUUCUUGGUUAGUCCAUCUGUUACGCUAUUCUUGUAUGGUGCUUUUAAGCUCCAAUCCUCUCGUCGUUUACUGCCCUUCUUCUCUUCAUCUCUUGUUUGCUUUUGUUUCUUUGCUUCACUCUUUUCGAGACCCUUAAAAUACUAAUAACAAAACUUUGAUCCAUGGAGUAGCGUUGUUUAUAUAUAUUUACCAUGGAAACUUACAUGUAAAAACGCAUUAUACAUUGCAUGCAUUUCUGUUUCUUGGUCGCUUUACUUUCAAGUUUCCCGCUCUGUAACUUAGAAUAAACAAAGGGUAUACCAGAAAUUUCUAUCUUUGUCUCUCGCUCUCUCUCUCAUCUUUUUAUUAACUUUCAGAGAGUUUCAAUGGUUACCUUGUUUUCUUACUUUUUUUCAGGUCGUGAAAAUAUUAGAAGUUAGAGUGUAGAUAUUGUUGCAUUAUUUGCUUGUUUUAUUUUUUGAGGCCAAAAAGCCAAAAAAAGAAAGAAAAAGAAGAUGAUGAACACAAGAGUCCGCACCGCUCUUCAGACCAUGAAAGCUCCUUUAAGUCAUGACAGCAAUAAAAAGGAGAAGAUGGAGAAGAGUCAGGGAAGCAGAGCACUUGGUACCGGCAAAGCUCUGACUAAUCGGCGAAGAUCAAACAGGGAAAGGAAAAUGGCCUUAUUACAAGAUGUUGAUAAGCUAAAAAGAAAGCUUAGACAUGAAGAGAAUGUGCAUAGAGCUUUGGAGAGAGCUUUUACCAGACCUUUAGGAGCACUUCCUCGGCUUCCUCCUUACCUACCUCCUUCUACACUAGAGUUACUUGCUGAAGUAGCUGUUUUGGAAGAGGAAGUUGUUAGGCUUGAAGAGCAAGUGGUGAAUUUUAGACAAGGCCUCUAUCAGGAGGCUGUCUAUACGUCUUCAAAGAGGAAUGUGGAGAAUUUGAAUGAAUCAAUUGAGCAGUCUCCGGUCAGAAGUUCUAAACACCAGCGAUCAAAGUCUUUGUCCAUAAAUGAGAUGAGUUCGGUGACAACCAUUGGCAAGCCACAACCAUCCCUUGCCAGAAGUGUUUCAAGCAGAAAGCUAUUGCCUCCAGAUAGUACUUAUGAUCGAAAUGGGCAGUGCUUUAGCAGGCCAACAAAUGGGAGACAAGCUUCCACAAAACUCAAUUCUGCUUCUGGAGAUGUAAGAGGAAAAGAGAAUCAAUCAUUUGCCAAUGCUGUGAAGGAUAAGCAAUCCCCUGAAAAGAAAAUUCCCAAAGUUGUGACCCCAGCAAAGAGACUUCCUACCAAGCAUGAGUCAGCUGACAAAUGUUUGGAUGCUCUGAAGUCACAGCUAGAUGGUAGAUUAGUAGACCAGGAAAGAGCACAAGAAAGCCCUUCUGGUUCUUCAGAUGAUAAAGUAUCAGAAGCUGAUAGUACACCAAACAAAAUAUCUGAGGAUACUGUAAGGUGCUUGUGCAGCAUUUUUGUGAGGUUGAGCACCUCAAAGGACAAAGCCAUGGAAUCUGGGAUUUUACCUUCCCAACCAGUAGCCAAUUCUCAGGAAAUAAGUAGAGAAAGUGAAUUUCAAGACCCUUAUGGUAUCUGUUCAGAUUCGAAAACUAGAGAUAUUGGCCUCUAUAAGAAUCUUUGCACAAUUGAAGCUAAUACAGUUGAUCUUAGCCGAAUAAUGAAUGCUUUGUUUCUGAUCCAUAGACUAAAGUUCCUACUUGGGAAGCUCGCAUCUGUCAAUUUAGAUGGUCUUAGCCAUCAGCAGAAGCUUGCAUUCUGGAUAAACACUUAUAAUUCCUGUAUGAUGAAUGCAAUUCUGGAGCAUGGGAUUCCUGAGACUCCUGAAUCAGUUGUAGGGCUAAUGCAAAAGGCUACAAUAGUUGUGGGAGGACACUUGCUAAAUGCAAUAACGAUUGAGCAUUUCAUUUUAAGGCUGCCUUUCCAUCUAAAAUUUACCUGUUCUAAAGCAGCAAAAUAUGAUGAGAUGAAAGCACGGAAUAUAUUCGGACUGGAGUGGUCAGAACCCUUGGUUACAUUUGCUCUUGCAUGUGGAAGCUGGUCAUCUCCAGCAGUGAGAGUAUACACAGCAUCUCACGUUGAAGAUGAGCUGGAAACAGCCAAAAGAGACUACCUACAGGCAGCAGUUGCCAUUUCAAGAACAAACAAGUUAAUAAUUCCAAAGGUUUUGGAUUGGUAUCUGCUUGACUUUGCAAAGAAUUUGGAAUCAUUGCUGGAUUGGGUUUGUCUGCAGCUCACAAAUGAACAGAGGAACGAAGCAGUUAAAUGCCUAAAAAGAAAGGGGAAAGAGCCUCUUUCACAACUAGUGCAAGUAAUGCCAUAUGAUUUCAGUUUCAGAUUGCUUUUAGGCCGUUGAGAAUUAUAUUUUGAAAUUGCUAUCGUUCGUUCAACAAAAGGUUCAUGAGCUUGUGGUUGGUGGGUCUAUAUACUGAAUUACUAAUAUACUAGACACAGUGAAAGUACAUAUGUAUUCUAGCAUCUGUAAAAAAAGAGAAAGGGGGUGGAGGUGAAUAACUGGUUUUACUUAUAAAUGGAUUCUGGAGAUGGGAUUGGUUCAUUGAUAUUGAUUUUUCAGAGUAUUCAUUUAUGCUAUUGUUCUGUGCCAUCAAUUAAAUUUUUCAAGGACCUUGGCUGUGAAGAACAAACAUGAAUUGAGCCUUUUUGGGCAUUAAGCUUGACCCAUUGAUGCAGAAUAAACCAUGAAAGAGCUAAAUAACAAGAAAGUCUACUCCCUUCCAAUUUCUUCUGAGGUGUUGGUUAAUGAAGAAUAUAUACCUUAACCCAUUGUACCCAAUGGCAAGAAGAAACCGCAAAGGGACUCAGGCAAUUCUGAAAAUGACGAUCCUAUUUCCCGCGCAACGAACAAAACAGAAGGUCGGAAGAACCCAAAACAGAAGGUACUCCUUGUCUGGCCUCGGUCUACUUUCGUUGACAAGACAGCAACUUGAUGCCACCAUUUCACGAUUUUGUUCUUACAAAACAAGCAUUUAUGUAUGUUCUGUCGGAUCGCUCACAGGUAACUCCAGAUAGCCUGUGAAACAUCCACUACUGUUUCUGCUUUUUUGAGCGCAGAAUACAUCAAUCAGCUGUUUAACCGUAUACAGAGAUGCACGUUACUAUUAUUAGUUCAAGGCAAAAUGGAAAUUUUCUUCCGGUUGAAAAAACAAAUGAGUGGGUCGUAAA